CUCAAUCGAGCUGUCAGCGAGCGCAAGGCAUCGGAGUCACUUCUCAGAUCACACAGGGGGGGCCGACGCCUAACGCCCGGCAACUCCUGCAAUCAUGAGCCGGGUGAGCUUCUUCGAGGUGGAAAUCCUUGAUGCCAAGAACAAAGAGCAACUCUGCUUCCUGGACAAGGUCGAACCAAAUGCGACAGUUGGAGAAAUAAAAUCUAUGUUCCAUAAAUCAUACCCCAAGUGGUAUCCAGCAAGACAAUCCAUCAGGUUAGAUCCCAAGGGCAAAUGUGUCAGGGAUGAAGAAGUACUGCAGACCCUCCCGGUUGGCACCACCGCAACCUUCUACUUCAAAGAUCUUGGCCCACAGGUCGGCUGGACUACGGUGUUCCUGACAGAGUACGCAGGUCCGCUCUUUAUCUACCUGCUGUUCUAUUCUCGCCUGCCUUUUAUCUACGAGGAAGAGUAUGAAUUUACCACCAGCCCUCAUACCGUGGUGCACUUGGCUGGUUUUUGCCAUUCUUUCCACUACGUCAAAAGACUGAUCGAAACACUGUUUGUGCAUCGGUUUUCUCACGGCACAAUGCCUCUUCGCAACACCAUUAAGAACUGUUUCUAUUAUUGGGGUUUCACUGCGUGGCUGGCUUAUUUCAUCAACCACCCCCUCUAUACACCUCCCUUAUAUGGUGACCAACAAGUCAAUCUGGCUCUGGGCACUUUUCUGGUGUGUGAAGUUGGGAAUUUCUCGAUCCACAUCGCCCUGAGAAACCUGCGUUCAGAGGGAUCCAAGAUGCGCAGGAUUCCUCACCCGACGAAGAACCCUUUUACCUGGCUCUUCUUCUUUGUCUCCUGUCCCAAUUACACUUAUGAGGUAGGAUCUUGGAUUGGUUUCACUAUAAUGACACAGUGUCUUCCAGUUGGACUGUUCACCCUAAUAGGUUUCUUUCAGAUGACUGUCUGGGCUAAAGGGAAGCAUCACAUGUAUCUGAAGGAGUUUAAGGAUUAUCCCACCAUGCGCAUGCCAAUAAUUCCUUUCUUGCUAUAA